AUGCGACGUCUUCUGAUCGGCAAAGGGAAUGCCUUACCCCCGGCGGCCAAGGGCGUCGUAUGUGAAAUCGAUGUUGGAAAUGCGAAACCGAUCGCACUGCGAACCCGGAAAGUGCUCACGCGAUUUCGCGAAAAAGUCGCAGGCCUGAUCAAGGGCCUACUGGCCGCCGAGAUCAUCCGACCCUCGACAUCGCCAUGGGCUUCGCUGAUCGUGAUUGUUCGCAAGAGUAACGUCGUCGACAUCAGGUUGUGUAUCGAUUACAAGCUGGUAAACAGCCUCACGAGGCUGAUGGUCUACCCUAUGCCCCUGAUCAGCGAUCCGCUAGAGGAUCUUGAUAAAGCACUAUGGUACUGCUCGCUAGAUAUGGCCAGCGGCUUCUGGGUCGUGCCCAUGACGGAUCGGGCUCGCGAGAUUUCAGCAUUCAUCACUCCGUUUGGACUAUUCGAAUGGAGUCGCAUGCCCUUUGGCCUAAAGAAUGCCCCGCAGAUUUAUCAAUGGCUCGUAGACAACGCGCUGUAUGGGUUUUUGAAGAUCUCGCCAUCAGGCGAUGCUGAAACAACAACGGACGUGUUCCAGCCGGGAUCGCGGACGAUCCUGAUCGGGACUCAAUCAUACAUCGACGACAUCAUGAUCGCAGCGGAAUCGUGGGAUCAAGGGUGCCAAAGAGUGGAAGAUCUGUUGGAAGCCUGUGAUAAGUGGAAUUUGUCGAUCAGUGUAGCCAAGAGCUUUUGGGGCAUGGAUAAGGUAGGAAGUCUGGGACACCGAGUGUCGAUAGGAGGUUUGGAGGCGAGCCCGAAAGACCUGAAAUCGUUGACCGAUCUGCCGUUCCCCGCAUCAUUGCGAUCUAUGCAGUCGUUUCUGGGCAGUUUGAACUACUACAGCCGAUUCAUCGAAGAUUAUGCUAUCUAUGCUUCGGUGCUCUACGAAUUACGGGUGGUGGAGUCUGCAGAACUGGAGAAACGAUCGGAUCUGAGGGAGAUCAUGGACCGGAACGACCCGAUUCCUCGAGAUCACGGCCCACCGGAACUGAAGUUGACGGGACCAGUGGACGAGAGGUGGAUCAGGGCACAUAGGGCCUUCAUCACCCUGAAAACCAAGACCGCGACUACCCCAAUCCUCCGCCAUUUCGACGAGGCGAGAACGCCGGUAGUUAUCGUAUACGCCAGCGAUUGGGCGAUAUCCGCCUCGUUGACGCAAGAACUCGACGGGAUCUAUCAUCCGGUGGCGUUCACCAGUCGCACCUUGAAGACGAACGAGUUGAGUUACAAUGUGACUGAGAAGGAGGUGUUGGCACUGCUGAGGAUCUUGGAUCUCUAUUACAAUUUGCUAGUAGGACGCGAGAUCCGGGUCCUAACGGGGCAUUCCACGUUGGCCUGGCUGUUCAAGUCGACAGGAUUGGAGGGUCGCCUAGGACAUUGGUCCGCUCUCCUUGUCCCGUGGACGCUCGAGAUCACGAAGUGCACGAAGGGCGAGGACGAGAUACUGGGGGCGAUCGCGGCCAGCAUCACGCCGAGGGCGAAGAUAGACGAUGCUCUGACCGAAAUCGCUCCCCGGAAGGAGCCUAAACGCCGGAUCCAAGCACCGAUACCCACCGUAGAUCGAGACGAGGAACUAUGGGUGAUCAGCUUUGACGGAUCCGCUCGUGUUAAGCGUGGUGGGGGCGCGUUCAGCACGAUCGUGUGGAGUCUGCCCGGAUGGGAGGUGGUCAAGGCCAGAUCAGGCUAUCUCGAGAGCCUCACCGUGAACGAAGCCGAGUAUAACGGCCUGAUCCUGGGUCUCGACAUGCUAGAAAGCUUAGAUCGCAGACGCCUUGUGGUCUGCGGGGAUUCCAACCUAGUGAUCCGACAAGUACGGGGUGAGAUCGAGAGCAAAGCACCCGGACUGACGCUAUUGAAACGGAAAGCCCUCCAUCGCCUCAGGAAAUGGAGUGAUCAUGAGUUGGUGCACGUCAAGAGGGACUGGAACGGAAGUGCCGACAGUCUAGCGAGCACCGCUUUGCAACGACAAGGGGGGAUCGAGAUCCAGGAGAUGCCCGGGUACCAGGAUCUAGUUACCCUGAACCGGUUAGACGAAAUCUUGAUCCCUAAGACCGAGAAUCCAGUGGUACGAGUUGCUGCGGUGACCACUCGAGCUGGUCGAGCAAGAUCACAGGCGGGUGUCAUGCAAGAGGAUCUGAUCCGGGAGAUCCGGGUCGAUCGGAUUAAGCGGGCCCAGGAGGAAGAAGUCUGGAUCGCCGCCAUGAAGAAGUACCUGAGUGGCUCGAUCGCAGAUCUCACACAAGCGGAAGCGAGAUCGUAUGGCAAGAUCGCGGCUGACUACGAGGUAGACGAGCAGGAUCUACUCUUUUACUGCCCUCCCACGCCGAGAUCGGGGGACGAUCACGACCGAUUGCUGAGAUUGGUAGUUCCUGAAACGCUGCAAUCGGACGUCUUACACCACUAUCACACCACGUUGGAAGGAGGACAUCAGGGAGUGGGGCGUACCUACCAGCGGAUCAGGGAUCAGUUCCACUGGAGGGGAUUAUACCGGAGAAAAGGGAAACCGGUGAUCCGGGGCGAAUCACCAGUGAAUUUGCAGGCGACAUACCCGUUCCAGAUCAUUGCGAUGGAUUAUAUACCGUCGCCGCCCAGAUCCCACAAAGGAAACUCGGAGUUACUGAUCUGGGUCGACCUGUUUACAGGAUAUGUGAUCGCGAAAGCUAGCUCGUCCCGAUCGGCCCAGACGGUCGCGGAAUCGUACGAAGGGUGUGUAUUUCGGCGAUUUGGUGCCAUUGAGAUGAUCCGGCAUGAUCGAGAACCCGGCUUCAUGUCCGAUUUCUUCCGGGCGUUUAACAAGAUCCUGGGACAACGGCAGCGGGCGACAAUGACAUAUUGA